AAAGUUUCAGUCUUUAGAUGUUCAAAGCCCCUUAAAAAAGUUUCAGUCUUUAGAUCUUCAAUUUCUUCGCCUUCCUACGGCCAAAUCCCAUAAUUUUCUCCAGAAAACCAUGGGAUCUUUCAGUGGGAGAUUUGGGGUUGUUUGGCUGUGCCUAAUUUUGUGUGUACUUAACAAUUAUUGCGUUGCUGGAGAACCGAGAUCGCAAUCUUCGGAAGAAGCUUACGUCACGCUUCUCUACGGCGAUGAGUUCCUCCUCGGCGUUCGAGUUCUCGGCAAGUCUAUCCGGGAUACUGGAACCACUAAAGAUAUGGUUGUUUUGGUCUCAGAUGGUGUCUCCAGCUAUGCCAAACAGCUCCUUCAGGCUGAUGGGUGGAUUGUGGAAGAAAUUACUUUGUUGGCGAACCCAAAUCAAGUGAGGCCGAAGAGGUUCUGGGGUGUCUAUACAAAGCUAAAAAUCUUCAAUAUGACUAGAUACAAGAAAGUGGUGUAUCUUGAUGCUGAUACGAUAGUUGUUAAGAACAUAGAAGACCUAUUUAAAUGUGGAAAGUUUUGUGCAAACUUGAAACAUUCAGAAAGGCUGAAUUCUGGAGUCAUGGUUGUUGAGCCAUCCAAGGAAGUUUUUAACGAUAUGAUGAGCAAGGUUAACACUUUGCAUUCUUACACCGGAGGUGAUCAAGGGUUUCUCAAUUCCUACUAUUCUGGGUUUCCUAAUGCUCAUGUCUUUGAGCCAAACUUGUCUCCAGAUGUCUUAAACUCUAGACCGGUUCCUAAAAUGGAAAGACUUUCUACUCUUUACAAUGCAGAUGUUGGCCUUUACAUGCUUGCUAACAAGUGGAUGGUUGAUGAGAAAGAACUUCGAGUUAUUCAUUACACUCUUGGGCCACUCAAACCAUGGGAUUGGUGGACAUCAUGGCUUUUGAAACCGGUUGAUGUCUGGCAGAAUGCUAGGGUGCAGCUUAAAGAAUCUCUGCCAGGAACCCAUGGAGGCAAAAAUCCUAAAGAUGAAUUUAUUGUCAAGUUGCUAUUUCUGCUUCCAUUAUUUCUUGUACUUUUCUCCUACUAUCGGUCAUAUCUACAGACACGCUCAAUUUAUGAUCAUAUUAAGCAUAUAUACUACAAGUUCAGAGCGGGAGGUGUCCUUCCUUACUCUUCGGUUCCUUCGUCCACCAUCAGCUCCAACCAGCAGUCAACAAACGGUGCGCAAUUAAAGGUGCCUUCUUAUCUUGGUGGGAUGUCUAUCUUUGUCUGUUUUGCUGCUGCUUUCUUGUCCGUUGGGCUAUCGAUUCUGAUCAUCCCUCGCCAAAUAAUGCCUUGGACUGGGCUCAUCCUAAUGUACGAGUGGACAUUCACACUUUUCUUGCUUUCAUUUGGAAGUUAUUUGCACUUAGUCCAGCAUUGGGGAAAGAUGGCGGGAAACCAAGCAGGUCAUUCUAGACCUAAAUCUUUGGCAUAUGAUUCGGCAAAAGGUCAUCGGCAGUCAUGUUGUGACAUGGAUGCAUGGAACUAUGGUUUAGGGAUGGCGUUUCUUGCCAUUUUAACCCCGUCACUUCCUUGUCUAUUUGGGAUCACAUCACUAUUUGCAAGGUUAGGGUUGAUGGUAGCGGGAGGCAUUGUUCUGGCAUCUUUCAUGACGUAUGCUUCAGAGCACUUGGCGAUUAGAUCAUUUACUCGAGGAGUGGAAGAUAAAGAUGUGCAGAGGAGUACGAGUGUAUGAUUCUUCUACUGACUCGAGUCUUGAAUCGUUGUAUGGCAGCUAACUAAAACAUUCUUUUUUUUUCUUCUUCCCUUAUUGUAAUUUUGUUGUUGUGCUAUAACCAUAUGUUCCCUAUGAGUUAAUUUGUAUAUGGUUUUGAAAUACCAAUUAAUGAGGAUGAAGAAAAUCUAUGAUUCUGUCUUGUCUC